CUGCGCGCCUCAGUCCGCGAAGUCUGAACUGCCUGACAAAGGGGGACCCGGUGGCAGCGCUCGACUGGAGUCGGUUGAGGUCCUGAGGUCCCCCGGUUCUGGAAGGCUGGCCGGGGAGACAAGAGAGGAGCCUGUGCCAUAGGGAUUCUAGAAGAGAACAGCGUUGUGUCCCAGUGCGCAUGCUGGCAUCACUUACCAAGAGCGGCUGAGAGCCUGAGAUGUUUGGAGUGCUUUUUUCUCACAGACCCGAAUAGCCUGCCCCUCAGCCACCCUCUGUGCCCUCCUGAGAACAGGCUGAUAUGCCCAAGAUAGUCCUGAAUGGUGUGACCGUAGACUUCGCUUCCCAGCCCUACAAAUGCCAACAGGAGUACAUGACCAAGGUCCUGGAAUGUCUGCAGAAGAAGGUGAAUGGUAUCCUGGAGAGCCCCUCGGGCACAGGGAAGACGCUGUGCCUCCUGUGCACCACCCUGGCCUGGCGAGAACACCUCCAAGACACCAUCUUUGCCUGCAAUUUUGCCGAUAGGGUGCAAGGGGAGCUUCUCUCAGAUCAGGCCUUGUCAUUCUGGGGCAAUGCUGCUGCUGAUGAUGGAGACCCCUUAGCUUGCUACACGGACAUCCCAAAGAUCAUUUACGCCUUUAGGACCCACUCGCAACUCACACAGGUCAUCAACGAAAUUCGGAACACCUCCUACCGGCCUAAGGUGUGUGUGCUGGGCUCCCGGGAGCAGCUGUGUAUCCACCCUGAGGUGAAGAAGCAGGAGAGUAACCACACGAAGAUCCACUUGUGCCGCAAGAAGGUGGCAAGUCUCUGUCAUUUCUACAACAAUGUAGAAGAGAAAAGCCUGGAGCAGGAGCUGGCCAGCCCCAUCCUGGACAUCGAGGACUUGGUCAAGAGGGGAAGCAAGCACGGAGUAUGCCCUUAUUACCUGUCCCGGAACCUGAAGCAGCAAGCCGACAUCGUCUUCAUCCCAUACAGUUAGUUGUUGGAUGCCAAGAGCCGCAGAGCACACAACAUUGACCUUAAGGGGACGGUCGUGAUCUUUGAUGAAACUCACAAGGUGGAAAAGAUGUGUGAAGGAUUGGCAUCCUUUGACCUGACCCCCCAUGACCCGAGUUCGGGACUGGACGUCAUAGACCAGGUGCUGGAGGAGCAGAUCAAGGUGGCACAGCAGGGCCAGCCCCACCCGGAGUUCAGCGCGGACCCCACCAGCUCAGGGCUGAACAUGGAGCUGGAAGACAUUGCAAAGCUGAAGAUGAUCCUGCUCUGCCUGGAAGGGGCCAUUCAUGCUGUUGAGCUGCCUGGAGAUGACAGCGGUGUCACCAAGCCAGGGAGCUACAUCUUUGAGCUGUUUGCUGAAGCCCAGAUCAUGUUUCAGACCAAGGGCUGCAUCCUGGACUCACUGGAGCAGAUCAUCCAGCAUCUGGCAGGACGUGCUGGAGUGUUCGCCAACACAGCCGGACUGCAGAAGCUGGCAGAUAUUGUCCAGAUUGUGUUCAGUGUAGACCCCUCCGAGAGUGGCCCUGGUUCCCUGGCAGGGCUGGGGGCCUAUAAAGUGCACAUCCAUCCUGAUGCCAGUCACCAGAGGGUGGUUCAGCCAUCUGAUGCCUGGAGCACCACUGGCAGAAAGCGAGGGAAGGUGCUGAGCUACUGGUGGUUCAGUCCUGGCCACAGCAUGCGCGAGCUGGUCUGUCAGGGCAUCUGCUUUAUCAUCCUCACCAGUGGCACACUGGCCCCGGGGUCCUCCUUUGCCCUGGAGUUGCAGAUCCCUUUCCCAGUCUGCCUGGAGAACCCACACAUCAUCGACAAGCACCAGAUCUGGGUGGGGAUCAUCCCCAGAGGCCCUGACGGAGCCCAGUUGAGCUCCGCGUUUGACAGACGGUUUUCCAAGGAGUGCUCGUCCUCUUUGGGGAAGGCUCUGGGCAACAUCGCCCGCAUGGUGCCCUAUGGGCUCCUGAUCUUCUUCCCUUCAUAUCCCAUCAUGGAAAAGAGCCUGGAGUUCUGGCAGGCCCACUACUUGGCUAGGAAGAUGGAGGCGCUGAGGCCUUUGUUUGUGGAGCCCAGGAGCAAAGGCAGCUUCUCUGAGACCAUGGGUGCUUUAAGCGAGGUUGCCUCCCCCGGGUCUACCGGCGCCACCUUCCUGGCGGUAUGCCGGGGAAACACUAGCAAGGGGCUGGACUUCUCAGACACUAAUGGCUGUAGUGUGAUCAUCACGGCUCCAUAGCCCCCACGCAUGGACCCCCUGGUUGUCCUCAAGAUGCAGUUCCUGGACGAGAUGAAGGGCCACGUUGGGGCUGGGGGCCAGUUCCUCUCUGGGCAGGCAUCCAGGGCUGUGAACCAGGCCAUCGGGCAAGUGAUCCGGCACUGCCAGGACGACAGGGCUGUCUUCCUCUGUGACCACAGGGUCGCCUUAGCAGACGCCAGAGCCCAGCUGCCCUCCUGGGUGCGUCCCCACGUCAGGGUGUACAACUUCGGCCAUGUUGUCCAAGACGUAGCCCAGUUCUUCCAUGUUGCUGAGCGAACUAUGCCAGCACCAGCCCCCUGGGCUGUAGCACCCAGUUUGCGUGAGGCAGAAGAUGCUGUCAGGGUGACUAAGUCAACUGGCCCCCUCCUCUCCACCAGGAAAGCUAAGAGUCUCGACCUGCACGUCCUUAGCCUGAAGCAGAGGCCCUCAAGGUCACCAGCUGCUGGGGACCCCGAGGGCAGCCUGUAUAUGGAGUAUGAGCAGGAGCCAGACCCUGCCUGGCAGAGGCCCUGGGGACUGCUGGCCGCCCUGGAGCACAGCGAACAGUGGGCUGGGGGCCCCGGCGAGGAGCAGGGCCACAGGUGCUCCACCCUGUCUCUCCCAUCUAAGAGGCUGGCAGAGGAGCCGCGAGGAAGGAGGAAGAAGAUCCAGCUGGUCAGCCACUCGGAGGAGCCCGUGGCUGGUGCACAGGUGAACAGGGCCAAGCUCUUCAUGGUGGCCAUGAAGUAGGAGCUGAGCCAAGCCAACUUUGCCACCUUCACCCAGGCCCUGCAGGACCACAAGGGUUCCGAUGACUUUGCUGCCCUGGCGACCUGUCUUGGCCUCCUCUUUGCUGACAACCCCAAGAAGCACAGCCAGCUCCAGGGCUUCUACCAGUUUGUGCAGCCCCACCACAAGCAGCAGUUUGAGGAGGUCUGUAUACAGCUAACAGGACAAGGCUGUGGCUAUCGGCCAGAGCACAGCAUUCCCCAAAGGCAGCGGGCACAGCCAGCCCUGGACCCCACUGGAAGGACAGCGCCAGAUCCCAAGCUGACCCUGUCCAAGGCUGUGGCCCAGCAGCUGGAUCCCAGAGAGCACCUCAACCAGGGCAGGCCCCACCUGUCCCCCAGGCCACCCCCCACAGGAGACCCUGGCAGCCACCCACAGUGGGGGUCCAGAGCGCCCAGAGCAGGGAAGCAGGGCCAGCAUGCCAUGAGCGCCUACCUGGCAGAUGCCUGCAGGGCCCUGGAGUCUACAGGCUGUAGCCAGCUCUUGGCAGUGCUGACAGCCUACAAGCAGGAUGAUGACCUGGACAAGGUGCUGGCCCUACUGGCUGCCCUGACCACUGCGAAGCCUGAGAACUUCCCCCUGCUGCAGAGGUUCAGCAUGUUCGUGCAUCCAUACCACAAGCAGCACUUCUUGCCGACAUGCACAGACCUGGCCAGCCAGCCCAACCCAGGCAUGGAGCCGCCAGGACCCCAAGAGGAGAGCCUUGCCACGCCUCCUAUGCUCACCCACGGGGCUUCCCAACCAGACCACUCAUGGUGCAAGAAGCCUGGGAAGACCCAGAGCAAGAUCUCAUCAUUCCUCAGACAGAGGCCAGCAGGGGCCUUGGGGGAGGAUGGUGUGCUGGCUGCAGGGCGAAGCCAGUCCCCUGGACUUUCCCACGGGCAUGCAGUAUCUGAGUGGGGCCUCUAGGACGUGCCCAACCUGCACACUGCCUCCAGGAAGCAGAGCAUCAUGCAGGUCUUCUGGCCAGAGCCCCAGUGGGUGCCCAUGGAGGCCCUCAGCAUGCCCAGCAUGGCUUGAUCACCUGCCUGUCCAGCUCUGGUGGGCCAAGAACUCACCCAACAGAAUAGGCCAGAGAACACUUAAAAUCUACUCUUAGCAAUUUGCAAGCAUACAAUAUAAUUAUUUUCAAUAACUAUAGUUAACUAUAGUCACCAGAUACAACAGACCUCUUGAGUUCAUUGCUCCUCUCUAACUGAAAUUUUGUAUUCUUGGACCAACUUCUCCCCAGGCCCUGACCCCAUCCCUGCAUCUUCUAGUAACCCCCAUACUGCUCUAUGUUUCUAUGAAUUCAACAUUUUUAGAUUUCACAAAUAUGUGAGAUCAUAUGUUAUUUGUCUUUCUGUAUCUGUCUUAUUUCAUUUAACAUAACAUCCUCCAGGAUCAUCCAUGUUGUUGCAGAUGACAGGAUUUCCUUCUAUUUUAAG